AUGCGGUCCGACAGUGACACGGAGACGGACAGCGCGGUCGUGCCUCCUCCCGCUACCAGCGACAGGUUCGAAACUUCGAACUCGAGAUCCGACUCAGUCACGACGAUUACGGAGAAGGGAUGGUCGAAGCACAAUGAUUCACCCGACCAAGAAGAGCGGAUAAACGACGACGUCCUGCAGCUCGCCCGUCGAUACACCACACAGCAGUCCCACGGCCCUCCAGGUGCUCUGUUUCCUGUUCCUGCCGAAGGCCCCCUAGAUCCGGCGAGUCCAUCGUUCAACGCCAGAAAAUGGGCAAAGGCUUUUUAUGACAUCCGCACCGAUACCUCUGAGGGCAUGCCUCCAAAGACGACUGGCAUCGCCUUUAAGAACCUAAACGUCUUUGGCUUUGGCACGUCCACGGACUACCAAAAAAGUGUGGGCAACAUCUUCCUCGAGGCGGUCACCAUCGCAAAGAAGCUCAUGGGCGGCAAGGAGCAACGGAUCGAUAUCCUCCACGACCUCGAGGGUGUCGUCAACAGCGGCGAGAUGCUCGCCGUCCUCGGCCCUCCGGGGUCCGGGUGCUCGACCCUCCUGCGAACCAUCGCCGGAGACACACACGGCUUCCACGUCAGUGACGACGCAUCGAUCAACUACCAAGGGAUUCAUCCCAAGCAGAUGCGCACCGCCUUCCGCGGUGAGGCUAUUUACACGGCAGAAGUGGACGACCAUUUCCCGCAUCUGACCGUGGGCGACACCCUCUACUUUGCCGCUCGCGCUCGGUGCCCCAAGAAGAUUCCUGCGGGCGUCUCCAGGCGGGAAUACGCCGAGCACCUUCGCGACGUGACAAUGGCCAUGUUUGGCAUCUCCCACACCAAGAACACACGCGUGGGUGACGAUUUCGUUCGGGGUGUUAGUGGCGGCGAGAGGAAGAGAGUCACUAUUGCCGAGGCCGCGUUGAGCUACUCGCCUCUGCAGUGUUGGGACAACAGCACCCGCGGCCUCGACAGCGCCAACGCCCUCGAGUUCUGCCGAGCCUUGCGGACGCAAGCUGAUGUCAUGGGCUGCACCUCGUGCGUCGCCAUCUACCAGGCCUCGCAGGACGCCUAUGAUGUCUUUGACAAGGUCAUUGUCCUAUACGAGGGCCACCAGAUCUUCUUCGGCAAGACGACCGAGGCGCGAGCCUACUUCGAGGACCUCGGCUUCGUCUGCCCAAAGCAGCAGACCACGGCCGAUUUCCUGACCUCGAUGACGAGCCACCAAGAGCGCAUCUCCCGGCCCGGGUGGGAGGGCAGGACACCACGCACCCCGGAAGAGUUUGCGCGGGCAUGGAAGGCCAGCGAGCACCGCGCGCGCCUCAUGGUCGACGUCGAGGACUACCUCCAGCGCCACCCUUUCGGCGGCGAGCACCACCAGCGCUUCCUCGAGUCGCGCAGGAUCGACCAGUCAAGAUCGCAGCGCGCCAGGUCGCCUUUUACCCUCUCCUUUACGGAGCAGAUGAACCUGACGCUGUGGCGCAGCUUUGUUAUGCUCAAGGGCGACCCCAGCAUCCCGCUGACGAUGCUCGUCAGCAAUGUCUUCGAGGCCUUGAUCGUCAGUAGUCUGUUCUACAACCUCCCGGCCGACACGUCCAGCUUCUUCCGGCGUGCCAUACUGCUCUUUUUCUCCGUCAUGAUCAACGCCUUUGGAAGCAUCCUCGAAAUCAUGACGCUAUAUGCGAAGCGUCGAGUCGUCGAUAAGCACUCUCGUUACGCUCUGUACCAUCCUGCGGCGGAAGCCCUGUCGGCGAUGAUCGUGGACAUGCCCUAUAAGAUCGUCAACGCUAUUCUCAUGAACACCGCCAUGUACUUUAUGGGGAACCUCCGCAGAGAACCCGGGGCAUUUUUCUUUUUCCUGCUCAUCUCUUUUACGAUGACGCAGUGUAUGUCGAUGAUGUUCCGCCUAAUCGGCUCCGUCACAAAAUCCGUCGCCCAGGCGUUAGCCCCAGCCUCGAUUAUCCUUCUCCUCAUUGCACUAUACACCGGCUUCGCGAUCCCGCCUCAGUACAUGCAGGACUGGCUCGGCUGGAUCCGGUGGCUCAACCCCAUCUUCUACGGCCUCGAGAGCGUCAUGCUGAACGAGUUCGUCGGCCGCGACUUCUCGUGCUCGACCUUUGUGCCCAUGGGGCCCGGCUACGGCUCCGCGGCGCCCAGCGAGCGCGUCUGCUCCUCCGCCGGGUCCGUCCCGGGGCAGGACUUCGUCAGCGGCACGACGUACCUCGGGAUCUCGUACGGCUUCGACAACGCGCACCGGUGGCGCAACUUUGGCGUCCUCAUCGCCUACAUGAUCCUCUUCAUGGGCCUGCACCUGGCCGCCGCCGAGUACAUCGCGGGCGAGCGCUCCAAGGGUGAGGUUCUGGUCUUCAGCCGUAAGGCUAUGAAACAGCACCUAAAGCAGGGCGCCGUUGAUGUCGAGACCGGCGCGGCGGGCAGGGCGCAGCUGAGCAGCAGUGGCGAGGACUCUGACGGCGUGGCUGGCAUGCACAAGCAGACUUCGGUCUUCCACUGGAAGGACGUCUGCUAUGACAUCAAGAUCAAGGGCGAGCCUCGACGUAUCCUCGACCACGUUGACGGCUGGGUGAAGCCGGGGACUUUGACUGCUUUGAUGGGCGUAUCUGGUGCCGGGAAAACCACCCUUCUUGACGUCCUGGCCACCCGGGUCACGAUGGGGGUAAUCUCUGGUGACAUGCUGGUCAACGGCCAACCGCGCGACUCGUCCUUCCAACGCAAAACUGGAUACGUUACGCAGCAGGAUCUCCACCUUCACACUUCGACUGUUCGUGAAGCUCUUAACUUCUCGGCUCUCCUUAGACAACCGGACACCUAUUCAAGGAAAGAAAAGCUUGAAUAUGUGGAUACUGUUAUCAGCCUUUUGGGCAUGGAGGCGUACUCCGACGCCGUCAUCGGGGUGCCUGGGGAGGGCCUUAACGUUGAGCAGCGGAAGCGGCUGACUAUUGGUGUCGAGCUCGCCGCUCGCCCUCAACUUCUUCUAUUCCUCGAUGAGCCUACCUCGGGCCUAGACAGCCAGACCUCGUGGUCUAUUUGCAACCUGAUGGAGAAGCUGACCAAGAGCGGCCAAGCGAUCCUGUGCACCAUCCACCAGCCCUCAGCCAUGCUGUUCCAGCGCUUCGACCGCCUCCUUCUGCUCGCGAGAGGGGGACGCACUGUAUACUUUGGCGAGAUCGGCAAGAACUCCCAGACUCUGGUCGACUACUUCGUCCGCAACGGCGGCCCGGAGUGCCCCGCGGGCGCGAACCCGGCCGAGUACAUGCUCGAGGUCAUCGGGGCGGCCCCCGGCGCAAAGACGGACAUUGACUGGCCCGCCGUCUGGCGCCAGACGCCCGAGUACCAGGCCGUCCAGGACGAGCUGGCACGUCUGGGCUCCGGCCGUGAGGGACAGCAGUCGCAUGCCGCGCCGACGAGCGAGGAUUCGUCCACCUAUAACGAAUUCGCCGCUGGCUUCGGUACGCAGGUCCUCGAGGUGACGAAGCGCGUCUUCCAGCAGUACUGGAGAAGCCCCUCGUAUAUCUACUCGAAGGGAGUAUUGUCCUUUGGCGCCGCCCUCUUUAUCGGCCUCUCCUUCCUAAACGCUGAGAACACGCAGCGUGGCCUGCAAAACCAGAUGUUCGGCGUUUUCAUCUUCCUCACCGUCUUCAGCCAGGUCGUGGAGCAGAUCAUGCCCAUCUUUGUCCUGCAGCGCACCAUGUACGAGGCCCGCGAGCGGCCGUCCAAGGCGUAUUCGUGGAUGGCAUUCCUCAUUGCCAACAUCCUCGUGGAGAUGGCUUGGAACUCUCUCGCCGCCGUCCUCUGUUUCGUCUGCUGGUACUUCCCCAUCGGCCUCUACCGCAACGCCUACCCUACCGACGCCGUAGAUUCGCGCGGCAUUACAAUGUUCCUAAUCGUCUGGGUCUUCUUUAUCUUUGCCGGCUCAUUCGCCCACAUGAUGAUCGCCGGUCUUCGCGACGCCGAGGUCGCCGGCGGCAUCGUCAACCUCUUUGUCAUUAUGAUGUUCUGCUUCUGCGGCAUCCUCGCGGGUCCCAAGGACCUCCCCGGCUUCUGGAUCUUUAUGUAUCGGGUCAACCCCUUCACCUACGUCGUUGAGGGCUUCCUCGGAACCUCACUGGCCAACGCGCCCGUGCACUGUGCCGCCAACGAGUUCGUGGCUUUCUCGGCGCCCGCGGGGCAAACCUGCGGCGAGUACAUGGCCGGCUACAUCGCGUCCGCCGGCGGGUACCUCCAGGACCCUGCCGCUGGCAACGUCACCGACUGCAGUUAUUGCGCUAUGGCCGACACAAACACAUUCCUUAAGGGAAUUAACGUCGAUUUCGACAACCGCUGGCGCAACUUUGGUCUGCUGUGGGUGUACUGUAUCUUCAACAUCGCCGCCGCGGCGGGCAUUUACUGGCUCGUACGCGUGCCCAAGAACAAGAACAAGGAGAAGAAGGAGGGGAGAUCCCAUCAACUGACGCCCAUCGUCCUCGAGACCGUUCAAGGGGCGAAGCAGAGCCAACACCUAGAGCUAGGCUUCGAGCGCUCCCGCAACUUCGGCACGACGUACGUCAACAAGCGGCUUGUCCACGAGACGGUCAGCACCAUCAACCCGGAGAACGUCAAGGAGGUUCUCGGUAGCAGCUUUGGGGGCUUUGAGGUGCCGGCCAUCCGCGUCAGCCCGCGGGCACCGCUCAUCGGCGACAGCCCCUUCGCGCUGGCCGGCCCCAAGGGGAGCACUCUAAUCGUCACCGGACUUUCUCUUGCCAACAUGCUCGAGAGAUUCGACAUUGACUACGUGAUCCUCGAAGCGUACCCCCAGAUUGCCCCCCAAGUCGGAGCUAGUAUUGGCCUGCUUGCCAAUGGCCUGCGCAUCCUGGACCAACUGGGAUGCUACGAGCGUCUCCGCGAAGCCGCUGGCAACUACUAUCACAGGGCUUUUUUCCGUGACAACAAGGGCAACGUUCUUGCCUCAACAAAAGAUGCGACCGGCUCAGAGAGAAUGGAAAAGCACACCGGAUAUGCAUCUUUGUGGCUGGACAGGCAGAUGUUGCUUAAGAUUCUGUACGACAACCUGAAGCAUCAGGACAGGGUUCUUACCAACAAGCGUGUUGCUCACGUGGAAAUGAGCCAUACCGGAGUGCUUGUGACAACGAAAGACGGAUCGAGUUACAGCGGUGACAUUUUGGUCGGUGGCGAUGGUGUUCAUAGCACGGUGCGACAAGAGAUGUGGCGCAUCUCUAGCUCGGACGCUUCCUCUGUAGACACCUUUCCACCAGAAGAGAGAUCAAUCGUGCAAUCAAGCAUGAAGUGCAUCUUCGGGAUCUCCAAAUGCCCAGUGAACUUCCCAGCUGGUGCUACUCAACAGGUCUGCUUAUUUCGCGGCCAUCUAUUCCUGGUACUCUCCGCGCCGGGCGGACGGGUAUAUUGGUUCUUAUGCCACGAAUUAGGAGAAACGAAGCACGGCGAGGACAUCCCCAGGUUUUCGGAGGAAGAUGAGUCACUUCUCGCGGCACAGUACCGUAAUGACAACAUCACCGAAACCGUGACAUUCGGGGAUCUUUACGAUAAUCGCAUCAAAUCCACCCUGGUGCCGCUCGAAGAACAGGUGUAUAGGAGAUGGCACUUCCAGCGGAUUCUCAUCAUUGGCGAUGCAGCCACCAAGGUCCAUCCAAUUGCCGCCCAGGGUGGAAACGGCGCAAUUGAGGCGGCAGCGAACCUGGUCAAUGCCCUGACGCGUGGCACAAUUCCAACCUCCCCAACCUCGCAACUCGACUACAUCGAAAAUGCGCUCAGCGAAGUCUGUGCUGUUAGACAGACCACACGCGACGCCUUACAAUGA